UCUUUUGUUUGUUCCUUUUGGCAGGACACAAUGAGCAAUCACGUCGGAGAUAUACCUGGUAGUCCGAAAGAGAGCUACAAGAUGUUGUAUAGCUAUUUGUACAUGUUAGAGCAAGUGAAUCCGGAGACAAAAACCUGUUUGAAAUUGGAUGAUAGAAGUAAAUUUGAGUACCUUUUCAUAGCUUUGGGAGCUUGCAUUGAAGGGUUUGCAGUUAUGAGGAAGGUGAUAGCUGUGGAGGGGAUACGUCUGAAGAACGGUGGUGUUUUAGUUUUCGCGAAAGCUCAGGAUCCUAAUGGUCAGAGUUAUCCACUUGCGUUUCCAGUAGUAGAUGGUGAGAAUCUUGCUAGUUGGACUUGGUUUUUCGAAAUGCUUAAAAGUGUUAUACCAGACUCUUCUGAACUGGUUUUCAUUAGUACUCUUCAUCAGAGCUUGAUCUUCGCCAUAGGAAACGUGUUUCCACAGGCUCACCAUGGUCAUUGUUUAUGGCAUUUGAAGGAAAAGGUGAAAUUGCAUGCUUGUAACGUCAACAAGAAUAUAGUCGGGCAAAAACUUAUGGAGUUAGGCAGAUAUUACACGGUUGAUGACUUCAAUUCUGCUUACGACUCAUUUAAGAUAAGAUGUCCAGCUGCGUACAAGUAUGUGGAGGAAUGUGGUAUUGAAAAGGACAAAUGGGCAAGGGUUUUUUUCCCACGUGAUAGGUACAACUUGGAUACAAGCAACACUCUGGGAUCAAUGAAGAACGUGUUUAAAGAGGCAACAAGGUGGGCAUUAAUACCAAUGCUGGAUUGUAUCAUUAGGAAAUUCUCUGAUUGGUUCACUCAACGGAAGGAUGUUGUUUCUAGAUCAAUGAAUACAAGACUGGUGCCUCGGGUUGAGAACUACUUGCACGAUCUAUGGGCUGUUGCACAUAAGUUACCUGUGCGGGAACUUGAUAGUUACGAGCUUAAGUACGAGAUCACUGACACUGCAGGAAAGGUGUUUUGGGCGACCUUGGUUGGAAAAACUUGUACUUGCAAGGUGUGGGACUAUGAAAAGUUCCCUUGUCUGUAUGGACUGGCAGCUUAUAUCUAUUUCGCUAGGAAUGUUGAUGGCAGGCGCCUUGAUAUCCAUGAGUUGUGCUCAAAAUACUACUGGACGGAAAUGUGGCAUUUGGCGUAUUCCAGAACACUUAAUGUUGUGCCCGACAUGGCUUCUUGGAAUGCACCAGAUCAGAUCAAGGAGGUGAAGAUCAUACCUCCAUAUCGCAUCACGCGGCAAGGAAGGAAAAGAGUUUAAAUUUGGAUGAAUUUGGAGUAAUGCAUAUUUCGAAUAAUGCAUUUGGGUACUUGAUUUUGUGUUGUAAGCUCUGGAACUUUGUUUCAUUUCGUGUUGUAUCGUGUUGUAUGACUUGGAAAACUGCGUAAAACUUGAAAUCUACUUUGUUUUGUAAUGACAUUAGUAUUAUCUAUAUCAAAACUCGAAUCUCAUAGUUUUUUCUCUAUCAAAACCCGAAUAUCAUAGUUUUAUAUUUGUUUUCGCAACUCUAACAUAUAUUUAUAAUAAAACUCGGUUAUCAAUUUCUGAAAUUUAGGAAAAAAACUCUCAUGUAUCCCUUACGAGACCUUGCAAUUCCAAUAACACUUUGUUGGCCAAAGACAUCUUACAAACGAAACUUUCGAGUUAUAUCUAUUCGCUAAAUAUAAUUGCACGGAACUAUAUAUAUAACAAUUUAAACUAGUAAUAUUGAAGGUAAAACUAGAUAACCAAUUUAAAUAGAUUAGUAACACUAAAUAAAUUAGAAACCGACAAAAAUAUAACUAAGACCAAAGUUGGGAAUACUAGUAUCUUGGGUAUAACUAUGAACAAAUUUUUUUUGCGCAAUUAUCUCAUUUUAAUAUUAAAAUCGUCUAAAUUAUCUCAACCACACAAAUUUACUCCCCUCCCAAAGCCUUUCAAGUACUUUCAGUUUGACUUUUUAUCCCUUUUUCAUCUCUCCCUCCCUCUCUCUCUCUCUAUUUCUCCCAUUUCCUCUCCCUCCCCUCUCUCGUGUCUCUCGUCUCUCUUCUCUAUUUUGAGAAUCGAAUUCUCUUCCCCCCUCGCCGAGCAAGUGAGAUGGAAAAAGUGAAGAUGGAAGUGGGUUCGGGUUCGGGUUCGUCUUUAUCGCAAAGGAGCCGCCGCCGAUUUUCUUGUCUGAGGUUGUGUCACUGUGGCUUGCCGGCGAAAAUAAGGCAAGCUUAGACUGAGAAAAAUCCUGGUCGACACUUUUAUGGCUGUCCGCGUUUUAAGGUAUGAAUAUAUGAUGGAAUCUGGAUAUAAUGGAAUCUGAAUUUGAAUUGGGUUUGAAUUUUGACCUUAUUGCAGCUUGGAAAUGAAUGCAAUUACUUCUCUUGGUUCGAUGAAGAGGGUGGUACAGAAUGGCAAAGGAGAGCAUUGCUUCAAGCCCGUGAUGAAAUCCAGGAGAAGGAUAAAGUGAUUGAGCAAUUACAGAAGACCAUUUCUGAAAUGAAAAGUCACUUGGAGAAGAAGAAGACAGGGAAGGGCGGGGGCGGGAAUGACGAAAAUGAAGAAGAUGACAUUGUUAGGAAGUUUGAAGAAUUAUAUGCUUAAUUUAAGUGUGGUGUUGAAGAAUUAGUUUUCCUAGUAUUUCUAGUUUUACUAGUUUUCCUAGUAUUUCUAGUUUUCCUAGUUUUCCUAGUUUUCAUUAAGUUCUCCUAGUUGUCCUAGUUUUCAUUAAGUUCUCCUAGUUCUCCUAGUUGUCCUAGUUUUCAUUAAGUUAUCCUACUUUUCCUAGUUUUCCUUAAGAGGCACAUUCAAAAUAUAAUCAUAAGAACUUCCAUGAUAACAAGAUUGCAACAUCCAUGAUAACAAGAACAAGUUCCAUCCAACAUACCUAAUAAGUCAAGAGGUUUCCAACAUCCACACAACAACAAAAUAAUGGGUCCAACUUCCCACAAAAUACAUAACCGAGCUUACAAAAUACAUAACCGAGUUCUUCACUCCCUGCUUCCUUGCCCUUCAUCCAUAGCUUUCUUCAUAAACGCCUCAAACGGAACCACCAUCCUUUCCUCAAACUUGUCCAUUGUCUUCUUAACUCUCUUUAGCUGAGUGCCAAACAUUUUCACUUGUUUGAUCAACUCCUCCAUCAUCUUCUUCUGGCUUGCGCCUCCUUCCUCUCCACCUUCUUCGUCAUCCUGAUCUUCGUCGACAGCCUCUUGUGCAUUUGGAUCACGCGCAGCAACGUCUACAUCAUACAUCUCUUCAAAAAAGACUGAAUGUCCUUCUGCAAGACGCUUUACCCAACUGUCAACAGAAAUAUCAUCGACAUCAACGUCGUCCUCCUCUUCAGUCAGCUCUUCCAAAAGAGCUACUUCUUCUUCUGUCUUGGUAGGAAGGAUGCUGUGGAUAUCCCGUGACUGAUACCAAAAAAUUAAAACCAAAAAAUAAUCACAUGUUAGUAUAAUGCUACAACAUUUUCAAAGUUUGUAGGGGAAGAAACAUACCGUUAUUUUGUCCAGUUUGUCCAGUUCCCGAUUCAAUUUUGAAAGUGAAAACCCUUUCAUCCCUGCUGAUUUAAAGACUGAUCUGCACAUCCUAGGACAGUCUACAUCGACGUCUUCAACCUCUUGUCUGAACUUCAAUCCCAACUUGGGAAUUGCCUCAAAAGCAAGCAACUACAUACCAAUCAUGUACAAACACUUAACACAAUAAUAUUAACAAAUGAUAAGGUGAUUAUCUUCAAUUGCUUACCUCCAGUGGCAGACAGAAACCUGAAAGUGGCCAUAAAGUCUUCUCUCUAACCCGACCUCCAAAAUGAUCUAUGGUGUGCGAUAUCUCCUUAACCAUGUAAUCAAACGAGUACCUCCCCCAUGGAGAGUUUUCGCAGAACUCGAGAUCGUCCACAGAUUGGAAGAAUUCCAAAACAUCUCUGGCGCCUUUUCCUACUUUCGUUUGCGCACAGAUAACACUUCCUAAAAAGAACAAAACCAUCAUCUUCAGCCGGUCUCUGUGUUCUCCCAUAGCCAACAGCUUCGCUUUGACAUCCUCAAGCCUUAUUGAUUCUCCCUUCUUGAAAUGGCGCUUCACGAACUUUCUAUCACCAAACUCCUUAUACCCAAGUGGAUAGUUGCGGCAACUAAGACCUGAGAUCAAAGCGUGUUCUCUCAGGCCAUAGCGGAUGGGAACACCAUUCACAAUGAACCACACUUCCUUCCUCUUCGAGCUAUCCACUGUCCGCAAUAGCAACAUCCACAUUCCUUGGACCAUGUGGUUUGAGUCCUUCUCCAGGUGGAACACGUGACAGAAUUGUGGAUGCUCCUCAAACCACUUCCUCUCAGUAUCACUCAUCGGCGGUUCCAGAUUGUCAAAUGUAACCAUAACGUCUUUGACGAAACAUUUGGUCGCUAGCUUUAUUUGUUUCUUGUACUCCGACUCAUAGAAGUACAUCCUCAACGGUUUGAUUGCCUCGGUUGCCUCUAAUUCCUGCAAGUAACAUUGUGUUCUACAUCAGUUAUGCAAGUACUAAAACAUAGUUCUCCUAAGUUAUCAGAGCCUUUCCUAGUAUAUCUAGUUAAACCCUAUUCAAGUUCCACACUUAUUACCUCUUCUCCUUGCCCGAGAAUCCCUUCACCAUCACCAUCAACAUUUCCUAAUUCCGCUUCCAAUGGGGGUUCUCCUUGUUCUUGAUUUUCAUUUUCAUUUUGACCUCUGUUCUCUUCGGGAGUCCCGUUCUCUUCUUCUCCGGUGUCUUCCUCCUCUUGUAUUUUUUCUUCAUCUUUGUUCUCUACUUCUUCAUCGCUAUUUCCUUCUUCCUCUUCAUCUUUGUCUCCAUUUUCGUCUUUCUCUUCUUGAGAUUCAUCGCUAUUUCCUUCUUCCUCUUCAUCUUCGUCUCCAUUUUCUUCUUCACUUUCUCCCGAUCUUCUACAUCCUUAGCCGGUUCUUCUACUUCAUUCUCCUCCGCAACUCCCACGGUUCCAACAAAAUCAACCACCGGUGAUUCCUCAUCCGUCGUUUUUCUCUUCUUGGAACUCUUCUUCGGUUUGUUCUUCUUCGAGGUCCCGCUCUUUUGCGGAGGAGGAUCCGUUGGAGGAGGCCUAUCCUUUCUCUUACCCAGCCUAGUUUCAACCAUGAUUCACACGUUUUCGGUGAAUAAUCGAAGGGAAAUCGAAGGGGAGUGGGAUGUUCUAGGGUUACGUUUUCGAAUUUGGGGGAAACCGUUGAGAGAGAGGGGAAAUGGAAAUAAAGGGGAAAUUGGAGAGACUCGACUUGGUUUAAAUCGAAAUUGAGUGGUUAUUUGGAUUCGGGUUCGAGAUGGUUAAAAUCGAGAUUGGAUCGGAGGGUUUAAGUUGGAUUGGGGACGGUUAAGUCUAAUUUAUGAUCUUUGGUUCGUAUUUCAAUUCGAUUCGGUUUUCCCUCCGGUUAAACUUGGUAAAACCCGUAAAUAGUUUACCUUCCUUAGGGUUAACUGUAAAUUCCAGCAAUUUGCCAUUUUAUAUUUUUUCCUUUUUGUUUCAUGUCCUUCAAAGAUUGACCGAUAAGGAGGGUGGGUAUAGGAGAUGAUGCCCCCUAGUAUGCUCGACAGACCACCUGAGUAUGAACUCUAUCUCACGCACCUUUCUGUUAACUAUUAAAGCCCAGCUCAACAAGCCCAUAAGAACAAGUCAUAAGCCCAAGAAUGAGUGUAGGGUUUCUAACAAGUAGAUUUGAUAUAAAUAGUUUUGUAUGUUAACGGUUGAUGUAACUUUGGCUGCGCUUUCUAGCAGCCUCUCUUCUCAUCUUUAUGAAUCAUCAAUACAACUCUUGAAUCUCUUGCAGACAACCCAAAGUCUUUCCCUUUAUGUUCUUUAUAUUUCAAUAAAGCUCAUUGAGCUAUCUUAGUUUAUGUUUCAAUAAAACACAACUCUACCUAGUUCUCAAAUGCUAUCAUGGUAUCAGAGCACCAUGGAUUAGAUCUGGGACUCUCUAUUUUUAUUUUAGUUCUUAACUUCUCAGAAGCUCUAUCUCUCUCUCUCCCCCAUCACUCGUCUCUUUCUACAAGGGUUGAUUUUGUCUCAGUCUAGGCCACAAACCCACCAAGCUUUGUGCUUUCCAUCAAGUUUCUGAACCGCCGAGUUGAUACGUUUGACAACGACGACAGAGCAAGCUAGAAGCACUUUAAGAAGUGACAGUGGGCUCAAGUCAUGGAUACUUUUAUUGGGCCAGCAAAAUCACAUGAGAAAGGCCCAGUACAAGCCCAGUAACUCUGAACAAGAUGUUAAGAGGCUACAACAGAAGAAUCCAUCCCACGUCAACAAACGCUUAAUGUUUCUGAAAUAUCCAAGCUUCGCAGUUCACAGUAUAUGCAAAUGGGGAAGAUCCAUGGAUACAAUCAACCAAGAAGUAUUACUAAAAAGAAAGAUACAGUCUUUAUUUGGAAUAACGUCUAUGAGAACGAGUCUAGCUAGUGUGCAUGCCCCACAUUAUCCGGCAACAAAGGUUUCAUGCAUGUAUCUGUUUGAUCAUAGCCUUCUUGAUCCAGAAGUGUUUUUCCAGUCACAUCGUACACGAUUAAUGUCAAUUUUAUGGCUUCUUGCACAUUAUCGAUAAAAGCAUAAUCUACAAUGUUCUAGAAUCAAUACUCUUACAAUAACAAACUGAAACUAGAAUCCAUGCUUAUCCAAGUAAACUAAAUGCACAAAGAACAAUGGUUUUGCAUAUAUUAAUGGUGGAUAAUCAGGAUAUAUAUCCAGGUUGUUAUUAGUAAUAUGUAUGAUAAAGAUCUCAUCAUCUAUAUAAGUUGUCAAAACUGGACCACACUUUAAUUUUGACAAAUCACAAACAAUGAUCUACUUCUUCUCUUGUAGUUGAAGUUAUAAAUGCUAUGUUCAAUCACCCAUGUUCAAUAACUUCUUCGAAUCUUAUUUUAUUGUUCUUAUGAUGUGUUAGUCUACAUAAAAAGAAGUAGAAUAUAAUAUUGUUUCAUUUUACAAUUGCAGUACGUAAUAUAUAUUAUUUCGUUUUUAAAACAUGUAUGAGUGUUAAUUCAAAAAAAAAAACAUGUAUCCCAACCGCAGUAGAUUUAGGAACGGAUUGCAAUAUCCUUACAUGUAUGUAAUCUAACACAUACUUUGGUUCUGAUUCUCAGUUUCUUGAAAACACAGCUUACGUGUCCGUCUGAUACAAAUAGGAUCAAUCUCUAUCAUUGUACUCCAACUUUAUCAAUUAACACACCUAACACUUGAUAUUCGCAUUAUUGUACUACCUUGUGGAAAACCGAGAAGAUAUAUGAAAAAUAAGAUUCAGGGUUUGUAGCACUAUUUAUUUAUUUUGAAGUUUAUCCAGUUAAUUAGGAUAUAGAAAAAUUCCUUUCAUGCUCAAAUUCUUGUUGAAUGAUGUACCUAAUAUAUACUAAAAGAUACAGAUAAUUAAUUAUUUACUUUCUACAAUUCUACUUUAACGCACAUAUUAAUGUACUGUAUUUAAUUAUCUAUCAAAUAAAUUAUUCAUACGUAGUUAAUGUCUCAUACUUAAAAUGUCUUUGUACUUUUAUGAAUAAAGCAGGCAGCUGAUCAUGGGUUAUAUAGAUAGAUAAGUAUGUCACAUUUGGUACUAUUUAAACUUUAUACGUCUAGAGUCUUAACUAUUUUUUCUCGAAAGUUUGGGUCAAUAUAGUCGUUGUCACCUAGAAGGCAAACAAAAUGCGUAAUAUCUGAACAUAGGUGAUAAAUGUGUAUUAAUUUGACCUAAACUCUUCCUUGUGUCGUGUAGAAUCUGAUUCCUCUUCUACACCAAGUCCAAGUGGUUGGAUGUUGAGCUGGAAUGGUAGAGGAUCUUUUUAUGGGUCGAUGUCACGAUUGCCUUUCGAGUUAGCAAUUGUAGACGCCUUAAAUGAAAAUAUUUAUUCUGGUUGCUAUAUAAAAAACUCUUAUACUCCCUCCUUUUCUAAAAGUAAGAUGUUUUAGACUUUUUACUUGUUCUACAAAAAUAAAUUUUAUAUAUGUUUAAGGUAUUUUUUUAUACUUUUAAGAAACAUUAAAUAAAAAUAUUUGAAUUGAUUAAAUUUUAUUGGUGAACAGUUAUUGGAAAAUGUAUAAUAAAGUAAAAUAAAAAUUAAAUUAUAAACAUUUAUUGAAUUUUUAAUAGCGUGAACACUUUUGGGAACAUAUGGAGUAUAUCCUAAGAGUAAGGAGAAAAUAUUGAGACUUGGUGAAGAUUAUAUAAUGGAGUAAUGGACAAUCGAAGAUGCUUUUUAACAAAAAAAUAUGUUUUGCUAACAAUAUAGUAUUUUGAUUAAAUACUGAAAAAACUGAAUAUUCUAGGAAGACUGUGUGGGGUGUUCAAGCAGAAAAAGUAAUUAGUCCUCACAUUGUCUUCUUCUUCUUGUCCUCUCUUUCUUCACCUUUUCACAAAUGUUUGGUUCACUUCCACUCUCAAAACUAAUUUAAUAGCUUGAGGUUUAGUAAACCGACACAUGUUUAUACUUUUUUUGUGUUAAUUAUGGAGAUUCAAUUCAUCUGAAUCCUUAAAUUAUUAUCAUAACAACAUCAAUAAUAAACCAUGCUGACUUUUUCUGUCAGUUAUCACACAUCAUCACUCAAAAUUAUAUUAUACUCCCUCCGUUUCAUUAAGAUAGCUUUUUUAUAAGAAAAAAAUAUUUCAGAAAUAUGUGUUUUUUUCUUAUUUUGAAAAAUUGUAAACUUAAAAAAAAAAUUGACUUUAUUGAAUCUAUUGAUUAAAAGUUAUUGAAAAUUGAAAAUUAUAUAUAUUUAUUAUGAUAAUUUAAUGUAUUUUAUUAAUAAGUGUGAAAAUACUAAAAAAUCUAUCUAUGUGGAACGGAUGGAGUAUAACAUAAUACAAAAAUACGACUUAGCCGUAGACAAUCUAGCAUAAUGAAUUAUCCGAGAACUUGAUCCAACAGUAUACAUGCAUCCCAUAUAAUAAUUGUAGACGCAUUAAUCUUCUAGUAUUCCAUCGCUAGAACCGUUGGAGAAAUCCAUCAGCAAAAACCCAAAUUGCCGUUAGGGUUUACGAAUAAAGCGAUUAGGAAUCACAGUUUUAAAGUGGAUAAUUAGCAUUAUUUUCUAUAGUGAAUAAAUAUAUCACAGUUUCACAUAUUUUGCUAGUGUAGUCCCAUGCCUGGAACUUGAUAUGUGUGAAGAUUAUUGCAAAAUAUUACACACAACAAUAUCUAACAAGACUUUCUUUGAAAAGAACAGAUUUUGUUUUUAUCAUGGAGAAUGACGUUUGACAUUAAUAAGCAAAGACAAAUUUGUGAACAUGCAUGGACAAGACAGAAGUAAAAAUACUAUAUAUACAGUAAACGUGACUGGAAAAUACUAGAAAUUUUAUCUGAUUCUCAACAAAACGCAACUUCCUUAAUAAUCUCAUUUUAUUUUGUUUUCAUUUUUUUAGAUAAUUAAUUCUUUUAUUUCUUUGUAUUAUUUGUUUUUCAGUUAGUAUAGUUUAGUUACAAGAUCAUAUCCCCUCUCUUUCAUAUUAUAUGUAGUUUUAGACAAUUUUUUGUCAAAAUAUAAGUUAGUUUUCAAUUUUCAGUGCAAUUUUUACUUAUUGGAUGUUAGAUUUUUUUAUAAUUGGUUGAAUUUGUUGAUUCAAUAUUACUUUUAGAAAUGUAGCAUUUUUUUUUAAUAUUGGUGGUUUUAGACUAAACUACUCACAUUGUGAAACAUAGGAAGUAUUAAUCAUGAUUGAACUCAUGGCCGUUCUAAGAUGUUAUAAGAUGACUAUAUAGCACAUAGGUCAGGGAAUCUGUUUUACUUCUAUAUAUAGCACAUAAGUCAAGGAAUCCGUUUUACUUUCUUGUUUGUUUGUCUUCUGUAUUUUCUACGCCUGAUUUUUUUUCAUAAAUCAUAAUUAAAUAUUACAACUGACAUGUUUAAAAUGAUUAUUUAUUGAUACUUUGUUGACUUGUGAGUACUAGUUACGAACAAGAAUCUUAUGGUAAAAUCAGUUCAAGCGGAACCGAUCAAGCAGAUCAUCUAGAUCAAAUAGGACAAGUGGAGAUCAAGCGGAUCAUGCAGAAGAGAACCAGAUCAAAAAAUUUAUUAUAACUUACGAAUGACAAAAUCAGUUCAAAACUAUAGAUCAUAUAUUAAAACAAUAAAAAUGACACUUAGAUAUCUAAAUAAAUAUCUUAGAUGUUAUAAGAUCGGCCGAAAUGCCUGUAAAUAUUUUAUAAGAUACUUAUACUUCUUUUAUUUUCUUAUUUAUAAAAAAUAAAAAAAAAUUAAGUAUGACAAUUUUGUAUUGUUAAAGUUGUAAAUAAAAUAAAAUAAAAUAAAAUAAAAAUAUUGUAUUCAUAAGUUUAGAUAAAUAUAUUUUUAAAACGAUGUGUUGUAACAAAGUUAUUUAUUGACCAAAUAAAAAAAAAAGCAGAUCAACACCACCAAAUGUUGGCGGGUGAGAUCUGCAUGCAGAUCUCUUGUUUUUUGUACAAAAAGACAAAAAAUAUUGAAAUGCAUGCAGAUCUCCCGCUUGAACUGCUUUUGCAAACAUAAAAUGUUGAAUGCAGUGCGAGAGAACUGCAUGUGUAGGAGAACUGCACUUGUCCCGCUCCUCUAUUCGGACACUUAGCUUCUCCAUGCAGCUGAGCUGUACUACUUAUACUCUAAAACAUUAGGCUUCGAAUGUUACGAACCGCUCCGCCCCGCAGUUAACAGUAACAAAAAUCUCUAUAUAUACUUUAUAUCUAUACGUUUUUAUAACUGUCAGAACACUGCAGUUAAACCGCUUGUCCGGCACCACUCAAACCGCAGUUUUGAAGUUAUUCUUUAAAAAAAAUUGUUGACGUUUUUCUAACAGUCCAUUCAUUAUAUUCAAUAAAAUGCAAGCUGCUUAUCGAAGUAGAUUAAUAUUAUAUUGGAUCCUAAACUUCAUAUUCUUACAAAUAUUUUUGCGACCUUAUAUAACUUAGAGAUGGUAUUUUUCAUGAAGAAUACCUUUUGUUUUCGUUAGAAAAAUAAUAAUAUUCUUUCCGUUUUUUAAUAUAAGUCGUUUUAGAAAAACAUUUAUGUUCCAAAUUAUAUGUGUUUUUAGUUUUCUAUGUAAAAUUUAUUAACACUUAAUGUUAUAUGAUCAAUGAUAAUAUACCUUCUAUUUUAUUAUUGGCUGAUUUGUGGUUAGGUAAAUAAUUAAUGAUAUAUUUGUUUAGAAAAUAUAAAAAAGUUACUGAUUUUUUAAUCUAAGUAUACAAUUCUAAAACGACUUAUAUUAAAAAACGGAGGGAAUACCAAAUAACUUAGAGAUGGCAUCCUUUUUUCUUGUAGCUUUGGAAACAUUCCAAAUUUAAUGCUGUUCUGUGUCACGUUAUAGAACAGCAAAAAGUUUGUCCUACAAUUUUCAAGAAAAUGAAUGUUUUUACUAAUUGUCAAAUUCCGAAAAACGUAAAUUUUAAUCUUUUCAUCCAUUGUAGAAAAAUAACCAAUAAGUGAUUUUGUGGGUAGCAAACCCCGUAAGAGAAAUUAGGCAUGGACAUAAAAUCUAUAAUCCAAAAUCCAAAGCGAAUCCGAACCGUAAAACUCGGUAUGUAUCUGGUCAGAAAUGUAAAAAUUACAAAAGAAAUCUAAACUCAAAAUUUUAUUAAUUGAAUUCGAACGGAUAACUCGAAAAAUCCAAACAAAUAUCCAAAGAAACCGAUCUAAAUGUCCAAAUUAAUAUGCAAUAUAAAUAUUUGAAACAUAAUUGUGUACUUCAAAUAUUCAAUUCCAUAUUUAUUUUGAUAUAUAUAUAUAUAUAUAUAUAUAUCUAAAUUUAAGUAUUUAAAAUUUAAAUAAGUACUUUAAAUGCUCAAUUAUAUAAAACAAAAUAUUUAUUCUUUAUGUUUUGCUUUGAAAUUUUAGAUUUUACUUCAGGUAUAUCCAAAAGAAACUGAUAUAACCCAAAUCCAAACGAUAUAUGAUUACUUUAUGAAUUUUAAGAUGUGAUCAAACUAGAACCAAAACCAAUAUUUUAUAUCCGAACCUAAUUUGUACUUACAAAUUUACUAAAAUGGGACCUACGAUGUGAUACAAAAUAGAACCAAAAUCUGAAAUACCCGAUCUGAACAUCAAUACGUAGCCAGACAUCCAGGUCUGAAUGACAAAAAGAAAAGGUUAAAGAUACAUUUGCUUUUAACUUUGUUCUUUUCCGUCUGAAUUUUAAUAAUAUUUCCAUAUAUAAGUGCAUACAAGUUUAUAUUUUCUCAACACAAGAUAUUGACAAUGCCUGUUUUUUAAUACUCUCAUAUUUAACAAAAAAAUGUCAUUUGAUAAUUUUCACACAUACUGGAAAAUCAUUUAAAAAUAAUAUUUUAUUCUUUAUUUACACACUAAAUAAAUUUAUUUUCUAAUUAAACAUAAAAAGAAUACGGUUAAAACCGUUUUUUUUUUGUAAAAAAAACUUGCAUUAGAAAAUAAAUUGGAACUCUUUGUAAAAAAAACUAUUUUAAAAAAAAAACAGAAAGGAUAGUAAAUUUUUUUUUUUUUUUUGGUAAAAUGUUAAAUUUUAUACCAUUUUUGUUUGAGACAGAAAUUACACAGAAACAAGUAGCAGAAAAUGAAAUGCGACUACCACAACACCGAAAAAAAAAAAAAAACACGAUAGCAACAAUCAGAAACUACACCGCUAGAAUCCAUUCGAUCGGAGCAAGUCUAUCUUCGGCUUCAGAUUGCGAUGAACCAUCACACAAGAGUCGCAUUGUCGAGUCAAUCAAAGUUGCCACGAGCUACAGAGAUUUGGCCCAUCCUCAAAACCCACUCUGCUCCUACAGCUUCCUUAAUGUUCUGAGUUUGCUAACCUGCAAAAUAGCACAAACGACCACUAACUCCCGAUAAGGCACCAGUGAAUGCAUUCGGAAUGGAUAACUCGUCCCGGUAUAAACCGGAGAUCUUGGAUAAAGGCGCAGCCGUAUGCCUCAACUGCUCCGAUCUAGCCACGACCUUUGCCGCACGGAUAGCUACUCCGCACUACCGCACGAGGAGUCCAUUCAUUCACCGGAGACACCCACGAUUGAGAGAGACGCUGCCCACAUAGGCACGAAAUAAAGGCUACUGCUUACCGAAGAGACCAGACAACAGAGCUCCUCAAGCUGUAAAACCGCUUUUAUUUGGAAAAGAGAGAGACAACAGAGCUUGCCACAUCACCGAACCAUGAACGAGAGGGUCGAGUCUGCAACCCUUCUGAGCAAAUUCCAGGUAAACCGACAAGGUUAGACAGGAAAAGUCAUAAAGAAGCAGAGCUACACGCGCCGCCACCGAGUUCAGACAUGCGCCUACUGAACCCAACGCGCCGCCGCAUCAACAGCAGACCCAACAUCGCUCAUGUUGAGAAAGGCUUGACCACUUCCUGCAAAAAGCAGAGCCCAACCCCAAGACUUCCAACAAGAGCUAGAUCCGUGGACGGCACCAUAGCCACAUGGCCCGUAGAUCUGACAGAGUUGAAGCCUUACCGACGACCACACGCCAUCACUCUCAGAGCAAAACUCCCCAAGUCUUAGAUGGCCACAGUAAGCUCCGGAAGCAGGGAAUCAAAGGAUAGUAAAUUAAUGCAUGCAUAGUGAAUAUUUCCCAUUUCGUUUUAAAUUAAGUGUCAUUGUAUUAUACUCCCUCUAUUUUCUCUUAAGCGAUGUUUUAGAAUAUUUAUUUUGCUACAAUAUAGUUGGCGUUUCCAAAAAGAAAUGAAACUAUUAUUCUUUCAAAGUGGAAUGUGUCUUACGAAAUAUGACAAUUAAUUGAUGGAGAAGGGUAGAAAAGAUAUUGCAUUAAGUGUCCUAAUUCAUGUGAAAAUCAUAGAACGUUACGUAAAAAAUUGGUACAAAAUAAGUGUAAUUUUUACGAAAUGCAACCUUUUCUAUUAAUUUAUCUUUUUCUUAAUUAAAUUAAUAUAAAAAUAAAUUUUAUGCAAUUAUAAUAAUCAAACAAUGAUAAAUUUGAACAUAUAACUAGUAUUUUAAUAACGACAACUAAUUUGAAUAUGGAAUGAAUAGUUAACAAAAAAAAAUUCAGUUAAAUCAUAAGAUGAAACAC